AUGGAAGAGAGGAACCACAGGUCGGUCACCAGCUUCACCCUCCUGCGGUUCACCACUGACCCGAAGCUGCAGCUUCUGUUGUUCAUGGUGUUCACCUUAGCCUACGUCACCACCCUCGUGAGCAACAUCACCCUCAUCAUGGUGAUAUGCCGUAGCUCACGGCUCCAUACCCCAAUGUACUUCUUCGUUGGGAACUUGUCCUUCCCGUGUCUCUGGUAUUCCUCCGUCUACACCCCCAAGACCCUGCUGAACUGUGUCUCCGAGGACAAGAGCAUCUCCUUCGCUGGGUGUGCUGCUCAGUUCUUCGUCUCCGGUGGCUUGGCCAGGGGGCAGAGCAAAGCCUUCUCCACCUGCGCCACCCACCUCACCGCCGUCACCCUCUACUACGGCUCCAUCCUCUUCAUUUACACCCGGCCCAGCUCCACCUACGUCCUGGGGAGGGACAAGGUGGUCUCUGUGUUUUACACAGGGAUGAUCCCCACGCUGAGCCCCUUCAUCUACAGCCUGAGGAACCAGGAGGUGAAGGAGGCACUGAAGAGACUGGUGAAGAGACAGACAGCUUCUUAA